AUGCCAUCUCUGGUCAUCCUGGAGCAGUUCUUGCUCGCCAUGACCUUCCUUCACACAGUCCAUGCGGUGCGUCCUGCCCUUGAAGAGAAGGACCGUGAAGUCGAGCCGCAGCCCAGAAAUUACGAAUUGAAAAAUGCACCAGAUCCCAAGUGCCCUGGAGGCUCGGUGGCCACUGCAUGGGAGGAAUACACAUCUUAUGGGAGCUGGAUUGGCAAGCACGGGCAAUGGUUGCACCAUGAGUGCGAGAAGUGCAUGAAACCCGGGGACACGGGCAUUCCAAGUUGCUACGGAAUCAGAAAUCCUGUUGCAACUACAACUUGCAGGGAUCUACACGGCUGCGAAUGCUAUGUGAUGAAGGGAGAGAGCAUCAAGACGUGCGCCCAAUACAAGACGAUCACGCACGUGUACAUGAAGUGCUGCAAUGGUUUCCUUCAGUGCAGGCCGUGCGAAGACGCGAAGAAGGAUUGCAGCGAAAUGGCCUGGGACAGGCAGUGCCAGGUGGAGGAGAAGGAGCCUCAAUACCACCGUAAUCUCAUCCGCAAGGGAAUUCUUGCAUUGUUUGCGUGGGGCACCGCCUUUAACAUGGUGUUCAUUCGCUCCGGGCUGGCUGAGAUCACAGACCUUGUCUGCGAAGAGCUUGCAAGGUUUCAGCAAGCGAUGACUGUAAACACGUGCUUGAAGGGACUUUACAGGCACGGUGCAGCUGCUUGCGCUUGCAUCACGUAUGACUUGCGAGUGAAGAAGAGGCUGAGCGGACUGUGCGAGAGUCUGCUAAAACUAGAUGCAGUCAUCUGCACCGCCUGCAUCGGCACCUGCGCCAAGGCGAAGCAAUGGCCAUGGUCCAUCGAAGAGUUUUCCCACAUGAUGACCGCCGGUCUCGAGCUUGACGUCGUGGCAUGCGGAGUUGUGUUGAGUGCAUCUAGCACCUGUGGAAGAUGGGAAGGAGCAUCGACGCUGCUCGCCACCAUGCGGGAGCAGACAACCGAAGCAAAUGUUGUGAACUACAACUCAAGCCUGAGUGCGUGCGAGAAAGCCUUUUCGUGGGUGCAGUCUGCUGAAAUGUUUGAUCGCAUGGCAAUGGUAACGGUAGAGGCAGAUUUGAUCACGUACAGCGCGUUAGCCAACGGGGUGGAGGCAAAAGGAUACUGGAGGACGGCGGUGGACAUCCGCUCCCAACUUCGCGAACGAGGCUUGCAGGCAGAUGUUGUCCUGGGCAACACAGUGAUCAGUGCCAUGGAAAAAGGCAAUCAGUGGACCGUCGCGAUCAGUCUUCUUGACCAGAUGAGUCUGUCGCAUCUGAAGACCACUGAAAUCACCGUCAACUCUGUGAUCAGCGCCUGCGAGAAGGGCUUGCAGUGGAAGCGGGCGGAGUCAUUGCUGUACACUCGUCCAUCAGACUGUGGAUCAGGGCAGCUGCGUGUGGCAGGCGAUACUUUCGCGUACAACUCAUUGAUGAGUGCCUAUGAGGAGUGCGGCCUGUGGAUGCAAGGGCUCAGUGCCCUAUCAUUGAUGUCGAGCAAGCACGUCCGGGCCGACGUAGUGACUUUUACCUCAUCCAUCGGUGCUUGCGAGUGGGAGCACUCCUACAUUCUGUUGCAUGUCAUGCCGGGACGUCGGAUCGUUCCAAACGUGGUGGCCAUGAGCUCUGCAAUCAGCUCAGCAGAAAAAGGUGAUCAAUGGGAGCUUGCGCUCUCUACUUUGGUACUGAUGUUGAAGCUGAAGGUCUCGCCAAACGAUGUGAGCUUCAACAGUGCCAUCAUCGCUUGUGCUCGUGGUGGGAAGUGGGAGCUGGCUCUGCACAUCCUUUCGCAGAUGUUAGAUCUACAUCUGGCACCUGACUUGUUCACAGGCACCUCCACUGUCUGGGCACUGGAAACAACCGGGGAGUGGCAGCAAGCACUCGACUUCCUGAGAUGUAUGCCUCAAACCCGCGCGAAGCCCAACGUUUUCGGUUGUGCCUCCGAUGUCAACAUCUGCGAACGUCAAGGUGAUUGGCAGAAGGGCACUAGGUUGAUUGACAUCUUGUCGCAGGUGGCGAUGCUACGCAUCUAG